CUGCCCGGUCUCAGCCCGUGCUGGUGCUCACAACGUUCCACAUCUCUGUGACACCGAGCUGUCCCUGUGUCCCUGGAACCGGCCCCUGUGUGACAUCAGCCCGGCCCGGUGGCACCGCCAGGGCCACCAGAGGUGACAGCUCCGCUCCGCCUCUGCCACCUGCGCUGGCACCGAUGGCUCUGCUGGCCCUGCUCGUCCUGCUGGCCCUGGCCGGGCCCGUGGGGGGCACGUGGGACACCUGCAGAGGGACCUGCGGGCUCCGUCCCUUGGCUUCCGACCACAGCUCUGCCGCUGCCACCUCCCGCUUCCUGGGUGGCACCGGGGUCCCCCCGGGCUCCUGGCCUGGCAUUGUCAGCAUCCAGGCCACCUGGGCGAACGGCACGUGGCACAUGUGCACCGGUGUCCUCCUCAGCUCCCAGUGGGUCCUCACGGUCGCACACUGCUUCGCCAGGGGCGGGGACAUCUCCACGUGGGAGGUGGUGAUGGGGGCCACAGACCUGAGCCAGCCAGGCCCCGAGGCUGCGGUGAGACACAUCCAGAGGCUCCUGGUACACCGGCACUACGUGCCUGCCACGGCGAGGAAUGACAUCGCCCUGCUGGAGCUGGAGCAGCCCGUGGAGUGCAGCGACUACAUCCAGCUGGGCUGCGUGCCCGACGCCUCGCUCAGGGUCUCGGAGCUGAAAUCCUGCUACAUCGCCGGCUGGAACUUUGCCAGAGGAAUGGUUCUGCAGGAGUCCAAGGUCCACCUGAUGGACACGGAGCUCUGCAACAGCAGCCGCUGGUACUCGGGGGCCGUUCAUGCUGACAACCUGUGUGCUGGGUACCCGCAGGGUGGCAUCGACACCUGCCAGGGGGACAGCGGGAAUCCUCUCAUCUGCAAGGACAACAGAGCCGACUACUUCUGGCUUGUGGGAGUGAGCAGCUGGGGAAAAGGCUGUGACAGAGCCAGGCACCCCGGGGUCUACACCUCCACUCAGCACUUCUACAACUGGAUCCUGCUCCAGACGGGCCUGAGCCCAGCUGACAUAUCCGGACCAGCACCGGAGCCAAACUGCACCCCGACUUCUGCAGAGACCCCGAUACCAGAGCUGGAACCAGAGCCAGAACCAGAGCCUGAACCAGAACUGGAACCAGAGCUGGAACCAGAACCAGAACUGGAACCAGAGCCGGAACCAGAGCCGGAACAGAGCUGGUGGCAGAGCCAACACCAGUGCCAGUGCCAGAGCCAACGCCAGAGCCAGAGCCGGAACCAGAACUGGAACCAGAGCCAGAGGAGGAGCCAGAGCCAGAGCCAGAGCCGGAGCCAGAGCCAGAGCCAGAGCCGGAGCCAGAGCCGGAACCAGAGCUGGUGCCAGAGCCAGAACCAGUGCCAGUGCCAGAGCCAACGCUAG